AUGUCCUCGUUUUCAAAGCUAGUAUUUUCGCGGAAGGUGCUGCCAGACUGUGGCAACGCAGGAAAGCCGACCUUUCUGGAUAUGUCUCUAGCUGAGAUUAUAAGUUUUAGAAAGAUAGAAAACACAAGCACUGAAGAAAUAAUGAAUGAGAAAGAGAACUAUAGAAAAAAUAACUGGUAUCCAAAAUGGCAGUCAAGGUCUCGUAGGCACCACGGGCAGAGAGAAUACUCAAGAUACAGAAACAACUUUGGGGAAAGAAAUUGUGAUAACAACCCACACCAAGAACCUUCUGGAUUCAACUAUGGACGAGGCCCUUUUAACAGGCAGCCUUUAAUUGAGCAGGAGAAGUACAGUGACAUUUAUAAGGCCCAAGCAGAGAAGAAUCGAGGCCAAUCAGAGGGGCACCAGCAUCAAUCAGAAGGAAGUCAAGAUGAUUGGGAAGGAUCUCUGGGCCAACCAGAAGAAAAUCGACACCAUUCAGAGGGAUUCCAAAGCCACUUGCAGAGAUCUCAUUAUCAAUCAGAGAUAUCUUAUGGUCAAUUAGAGAGAUCUUAUGACCAAUCAGAGAGAUAUUAUGGUCAAUCUGAGAUAUCUCUUGGCCAAUCAGAGAGAUUUUAUGGUCAAUCAGAGAGAUCUUAUGGUCAAUCAGAGAGAUCUCUAGGCCAAUCAGAGAGAUCUUAUGGUCAAUCAGAGAGAUAUCAUGGCCAAUCAGAGAGAUCUUAUGGUCAAUCAAGAGAUAUCAUGACCAAUCAGAGAGAUCUGAUGGUCAAUCAGAGAGAUAUCAUGGCCAAUCAGAGAGAUCUUAUGGUCAAUCAGAGAGCGGCCAAUCAGAGAGAUCUUAUGGUCAAUCAGAGAGAUCUCAUGGCCAAACAGAGAGAUCUUAGUCAAUCAGAAAGAUCUCAUGGCCAAUCAGAGAGAUGUCGAAGCUACUCACCAGUAGGAAGAAUGCAAACACCACCCAGAACUGAUUCUGAAUAUUGCAGUGCUUUUAUGAUGAAUCAAAGGAGUGAAUACUACCAGAAACAGAUGCAGGAAAGAAAUAAUCAAAUGAAUAUGAAACAAACACUAACACCAGAAAAUGAGGGCAACAACAAUGAUGAAGAUGAGAUAAACUCUGAAAGAUCCAUAAGACGUGAGUUUAAAGAUUUACUCCUGAAAAGAAAAUAUGCUGCAAUCGACAAUUCUCCGAAUAAGCCCAAAGGAGUAUGCUUGGAAUUCGAGUAUCAGGCACUGGGUAAUCAGAUCGCCUACAAAGUGCUCACUGGCUCAGUUCCUCCAGUGCUGCCUACAGGAACUAUCUCGAGUGGCAGUAAACCAACUACCUCUUCAUCCAUACUCCCCCCAACCAGUGACCCCUCCACCAGCUGA